AUGGAGGUCACAAACAGUCGUCGUAUACUGGCCGUCUCGCUGACAGACUCGGUUCAGCAUCUCGCAAGAGUCAUCAAAGACCUUACGGGAACGAUACCCGAGCAAACAUCGACAUCCCUGGCUGGCUCAUCACACAAUCUGUCGAUAAAGACAGCAUACUACACAGCCGACGUACCCAUAUGGAUAGACCUGAUCUCAUCGCCUUCAGAAUGGGCCGGCUCAUUCCUCUCACCGGAGGCGAAGGAGGUUCUCCAGGUACUUGGGGGCGUCAUGGUCGUAUUUUCACUGCCAGUCAAAUCAGAUUCGGAGGAAGGCAAAGCGGCCCGUGAGCUCAUACAGCACGUUGGCAAGGUAGUGAAGGACGGUCUUGGCGGCUGGGGAUGGGACGGCGUAGGUCUAUGCCUUGGUGUGGGAGAGAUCGACGAUGUGGAUGAGUGGGAUGAUUGCUGCGCGGAAUGGGGUCUGGAGCUCGUACAAGUGCGAACUCAGUCGGUUGCGACACGGAACGAUUUGGGUGAGAAAACCGGCAUACCUCGAGCUCUCGAGGCUUUCCAGUCAAACGACUGGUCAAACGCCUCUAUGGAUGACCUCGGAUCUGACUUUGGGGACUUUGAGGCUGAGAUAGAAGCGGAAAGAGAGUCGCAUUCCACCAAGGAGGCAGGUGGUAGCAAAGAAGAUGUAGAUCUCAACCCCGAGAAUCUCGACUUCGGCUUCGACCGUGAGGACUUUGAGGGUCUGAAGCGAGCGAUAUGGAGUUCUGGUCAGGACGACAAUGAGUCGUCCAUGGACGGAAAACCUAGCACAUCGACAUCUGGGAAGGAAGUGGUAGGGGAGGCUGAGGAAAGCAUAGAUGACGAUGAGAUCCAGAAGAUCGAGCGUAUGAUGGUGAAGCUACAGGCGGUGCGGGAUACCAGCGCAGGUCUACCGGAAGAUCAGCGGAAACGGGUAGCUGCUAAGGCGGUCGCGGAGGUGAUGAAGGAGCUUUGA